CAGUGGGAGGGGGAAGGAAGGCGGAAGGCACCAUGCGAGGUUCUAAGCUCUCCAGUGAGCGUCGACUCGAGAGACCGUUUCUGAGGUGGGGGCCGGACUGUGAGGGGAGCGAAGACGAGGGCAGGGAUAUAAGGGAGAGCAGGAAUCCUGAAACCCCCAACACUUCCUCCCUCUGGAGGAUUUGAUCCCCCAUGGCCACCGCCAGCAGCAUCAUUGUGCUGGAUGAUGAUGACGAAGAUGAAGCAGCCGCUCAGCCAGGGCCCUCCUCCCAUCCUCCCCCCAAUCCGACCUCACCCCGGGUGGAAACCCCUGGCUCCUCUGAGCCCCCUGGGGCUGGAGCAAGCUCUAGUUCGGGCGGCAAGAAAUGCUACAAGUCGGAGAAUGAGAAGCUAUUUGAAGAGUUCUUUGAACUGUGUAAGAUGCAGACAUCUGACCACCCCGAGGUGGUCCCAUUCCUCUCUAAACUGCAACAGAGAGCCCAUCCUGUGUUUCUGGCCUCCGUGGAGUUCUGCAACAUCCUCUCUCGGGUCCUGUCUCGGGCCCGAGGCCGGCCAUCUAAGCUUUAUGUGUACAUCAAUGAGCUCUGUACUGUUCUCAAGGCCCACUCAGCCAAGAAGAAGCUGAACCUGGCCCCUGCUGCUACUGCGUCUGGUGAGCCAUCUGGGGGUAGCGCACCUGCUGACCCCUCCUCAGGUCCUGCCAGCACAGGAACUGCUGCCUCUGAGGCUCCAAGGACCCGUGGUUCCCAGCGGCAGAUCCAGCGCCUAGAGCAGCUCCUGGCACUCUAUGUGGCAGAGAUCCGGCGGCUGCAGGAAAAGGAGUUGGAUCUCUCAGAAUUGGAUGACCCAGACUCCACGUAUCUGCAGGAGGCCCGGCUGAAGCGGAAGCUGAUCCGCCUGUUCAGCCGCCUAUGCGAGCUCAAGGAAUGCUCUUCACUGACUGGACGAGUCAUAGAGCAGCGCAUCCCCUACCGCGGAACCCGCUACCCUGAAGUUAACAGGCGCAUUGAGCGGCUCAUCAACAAGCCUGGGCCUGACACCUUCCCCGACUAUGGCGAUGUGCUGCGGGCCGUGGAGAAGGCAGCUACCCGGCACAACCUCGGCCUCUCCCGACAGCAGCUCCAGCUCAUGGCUCAGGAUGCCUUUCGAGAUGUGGGCAUCAGGUUACAGGAGCGACGCCAUCUUGAUCUCAUCUACAACUUCGGCUGCCACCUCACAGAUGACUAUAGGCCAGGCAUUGACCCGGCACUGUCAGAUCCUGCGUUAGCCCGGCGCCUCCAGGAAAAUCGGAGUUUGGCCAUGAGCCGGCUGGAUGAAGUCAUCUCCAAAUAUGCAGUGAUGCAAGACAAAAGUGAGGAGAGGGAGAGACAGAAAAGAAGGGCCCGGGUCUCCCAAGGCCCUUCCCACUCCCCCAAAGCCUCCUUGGAUUCUGGUGAGGGCCCCAGUGGGAUGCCAUCCCAGGAGUGCCCGACUACCUCCAAGGCUGAGACCGAUGAUGAUGAGGAGGACGAGGAGAGUGAUGAAGAGGAAGAGGAAGAUGCCACUGAUUCCGAAGACAAGGAGGAUCUAGAACAGCUGCAGGAAGGUCAAGGGGACGAAGAAGAAAACGAGGAGAGUACAGCUAAGGAUGGAGGCAAGAGCCCCAACUCCCCAGCACAGGUCUCCUUUGAAAAGAACCCAGAAGCUGUCAGAAUCAGCAGGGCUUCAGGGGAGCCACCAAAUGAAAGACUCUCAGUGUCACCAGCCUCGGCAUCGGAGGAACCCCUGGCCCACUCGAGCGUAGAUGCUGAGAGCAACGGAGAGCAGUUAGAAGAGCCGCCCCUGGAGGAACAGAGCCCCCUGUCUCAGCUUUUCGAGCUGGAGAUCGAGGCCUUCCCCAUGGACACCAGCCCUUCUCCAGAGGAAAGCAACGUUUCCUCUUCUCUGAAGCAGCUGGAAAAUCCUCUUCCCAUGGUCCUGGAGAAUGGGGCAGCCACGGUCACCUCCACGUCCUUCAAUGGAGGCACUUCGCCUCACACAUGGAUGGAUUCCAGUCCCCCCUGCAAGAAGUCUCGGAGGGGUGAGGAGGAGGAACAGCAGACUGAGGCGGGACAGUUAAGAAACAGCCUUUUGGAAAGGCAAAGGCUAGUGCCCAGGAACAACGACAAGAAGAUCCACCAGCUGCCCAGCCCGCAGUCCCCGCAGGCAUCCAUGGCCCCAGUUGCUGAUUCCUCCACCAGGGUGGACUCUCCCAGCCAUGGGCUGGUGACCAGCUCCCUCUGCAGCCCUGUUCCAGCUUCAUUGUCCCAUAUCCCCCAGCGUCCUCCCCGAUCCAGCACCUACAAGACGAGUGUGGCCACGCAGUGCGACCCAGAGGAGAUCAUCGUGCUGUCAGACUCCGAUUAGCAGCCUCCUCCACUUCCUGUUUCUGAAAUGCAUUUGGAGGACAGUGGGAAGCCAACAGCUCCGGAAGGGAUGGACUGAGCUAAUCCUUCUUGGUGGUGUUUCUUUUAAAAUUCCAGAAACUUUAAGUUUUGCAGAGAAACAUAAAAACAAUAAAAUUCUUUUCUUAAUUGUA